UGUUGAAUUUUGUCGGGAAUAUAACGCCAUACUUACACGACCACCCAUUGGCUGAUGAGUAUAAUGAUAUAAUUCAAUCACUAAACGAAGCAAUAUUAAAAUCACUCAGCUAGAGCAUUGAACUGGAACUACACUUUUAAGGAUUUGUGGCAGUGGAUUGAAAACAAGAUUGUUUUGGAUGGCUUUUAUGUGUAACGAGAAAAACAAGACAGUUGGUGUGUCGUUUAACCAAGGAAUCUAGAUCUGGAGCCGUUUGGUGACAGGUGGCGAACACAGCUCUGAUCGCCUCCAUGAAUACUGCUAAUAACGAUGUUUAAAUAUAAGUUCCCGAGUAUUUUCAAGUGCCAAAUCACUUGAGUUAUAUCAGAAGCCACUUGAUUUCGUCUUAAGAUUUAGAAGUGUAUGAGCAACCUGUGUUCUGGACCACGAAUCAAAAUGAUGACAAGUCCUGUUGAAAUCGUAGUUCCAUUGGGUAUAUUAUCGAUACUUGUCCUAGUAGCAAAUAGCAUCGUCCUAUAUUUAGUGUAUAAGAACAGACACAUGAGGACGGCUACAAAUGGGUUCGUCGUCUCGCUUGCUAUCUCAGACAUUCUAACUGGCUUGGUAAUAUUCUUCCAGUAUCUGAUCGGGUUUAAGAAUACCGUUGUUAUCAAUGUCUUGUACGCCGUAGUUCUCAUUAGUGGAGCUGUAAAUCUCACUGCAGUGACUACAGACCGUUACAUCGCGAUAACUAGGCCUUUUAUCUACUACGAACUGAUGGCCAAGUAUUCGAAAAUGACUAUAUUUCUAACGUGGAUGAUGUCGUUGAGUAUAGCUUUACUCCCUUUAUGCUGGAGAGGAAAUAUUACAGUAUAUUAUCACAAGCUUUAUAUACUUUUGGUAGUAUUCAUCUGUGUUAUCAUACCGUUUUUAUUCAUUUUGUUCGCCAACAUUCGAAUAUUCAGAAUCGUUAAAAACUGUAUCCACAAAGAGAGAAAGACGCUCUUGGCGAUAUCAAAAAACGACGAAAGUCCCCGCCAAAGGAUACCUCAGAAAACUUCUCAUCAUUCGAGGGUUAUCAUAUUCUCCGAAGCUAAAAUCGCCAAAGUUUUUGUAAUUGCAGCUAUAAUCUUUGCUAUUACUUGGUUUCCCGUUAUUUAUUAUACUCUAGCCGCCGGCUUGGGACAUUUCAAUGCUAUCCCGAAUAUACUACUCGAGAUUUCUCCGUUCAUGAUAAUCCUAGGAUCGCUAGCGAAUCCUAUAAUCUAUUCUUUUAUGAAGCCGGAUUUCAAGAUCGCUACGAGGAUGCUUCUUAAAGAUAAGAGUUGUAGUCGUAGGGACUUUAGCGUUAUCUAUAAACCAAAUAAAAAAUGCUCAACUUUAUCUCAUGCUUUUGGAACGGUGAAAAUUAUACAGCAUAGCGUAAGCGAGUUCAAAUCAGAGGUACCGAAGGAGAGUUGUUUAUGACGACACGAUGUCAAGGGGCGAAACUUUUUCAUUUCACCUUCUAAUUAAAUUAUUUCUAUUCGUCCUAUCUAGUCGAUAAUUUUUGUAAAUAUUCCCAAUAAAUGAUGUAUGUUUAAAUUCUUGUAAAUAGACAUAAAUGAACAAAUUAAAAACUUGA